AUGAUUCUCAUCACUAUCAGCGCGUUGGUGUCCGAUAUCUGGGAUGCAGGAAACCGUGGAGAGGCUCUGGCUUUCUUCGCUCUCGCACCGUUCACAGGCCUCACUCUCGGACCGAUCGUCUCUGGCUUCAUGAGCGUUCAGGGGGUCUCCUGGCGAUGGCUCUACUGGUUGCUGAUGUUCUUUGCUGGUAUCUGUCUGAUUCUGAUCUCGUCCACGCUGCCGGAAGCCUUUGUCAUGCAUCUCAUGGCGCGGAAGGCGGAGAGAUCGCGCAAGGAGACGGGGAAUGAUCGGUACUGGGCUGCGAUGGCGAAGCAGAAGAAGUCGAUCGGGCAGCACCUCAAACACGUUCUCGCAAGGCCGUUCAUCGCUCUUUUCCGAGAACCUAUGUUGAUGGCCACCACCUUGUGCAUGAGCUUCGUGUACGGUUGCAUGGACCUCUUGUUCGAGGCCUAUUCCGUCGUCUUUUUGGAGGGGCACAACCUCAGCAUGGGCCUCUUCGGUCUGACGUUCCUGCCAAUCUUCCUGGGCGGCUGCACAGACUACCCGCUCAUCUUCAACACGCGGUACGUGCGCUCGCAGAAAAAGCACGCACCGCACCCCGUGCCGCCCGAGAAACGGCUCGAGGUCGCGAUGUUUGCCGCGCGGAUGUUCAUGGCCUCGUUCUUCUGGUUCGGCUGGACGUCGUACCCGAGCAUCUCGCUCUGGACGGUGCUCAUCGCGGGCUAUCCGCUCGGAUGGAGCAUCGUCUGGAUUUUUCUUGCGUUGUUCAACUACGUGGCCGACGCGUACCUCUUCGUCGCAGCAUCCGCGCUCGCUUCGCUUACCGUCGUGCGGUCGUGCUUCGGCGCCGGCUUCCCGAUGUUCGCUACGCAGAUGUUUGAGCGGCUCAACUCGCGCUGGGCGUCGACUCUUCUUGGAUUCAUCGUGCUGCUCAUGGCGCCCAUCCCGUUCGUGCUGUUCAAGUAUGGGCCUAUUAUCAGGAAGAAGUCAAAGUACGCGCCGACGAAGCCGAUGCCAGUGCCCGUCAAGGAGAUGACACAGGCGGACCCCGCCAACCACGCGUGAAUGGCUCUGUCUGUCCCCUCAUCUAUCAUUCAUCACUCUCCGGUCGGGCUGUCGCACGCCACACUCUUCGUCACCCUUUUCCGCCGGUUUCCCCAUCACUACCACUACAACGCAUAUGCAUCAUUUCUGGCCACGAACUCACGAUAUCGUUUUCCUUGCAUCUGCAUUUCUUUAACACAUUCUGCGACCCCUGCUGUUGUUUCCCCAGGCUGCGGUCGCACCGCUCGGUGCUGGGUUGUCUUUUCUUUUUGGAUAGGCGGGCGCCUACGAUGACGUUACGAUCGCUACACUCAUCACGAUUCGCACUAACAUGUCAUCUAUAUCUGGAGGUUGGAGGUUGGACGUUAUAACAGCAUAUAAUAGAUGUCAUUUGCGUUGAUUGGCACUAGACAUG